AUGCAGCAAUAUGGCGCAUGCGUUCUCCGAAAUGCAGUGCCAUUGCACAGCCACACCAAGCUGAAGAACCCCAAAGACAAAGUCACAGAGGUUCUUGAAGGUAUCACUUUCAAAGGAAGGCCGUUGCUGGGCCCUUCGAAAUGCAUCAACUUGGACGUUGCUGGAGCAGCCAUUGGCUCGGCGUUGGCAAUGCCUUUGCUAGUCCCAGGCUCUUUCCUUGCUGGUGCUCUGCUGGGGCACUCCUCUGGAUAUAUUUUGUCCAUGUUCCAAUCCAUGAAGCAGCCAUCUGUCAGGGCUUUGCUUGAGACUGGGUGCUCCAGGAUAGCUCAGACCUCCUCCGUUGGCCAUCGAUUUGAUGCUGACGACUUAGCUAGCUGCUGGUCGCAGUCUGAAGCCUCAGAAGAACCCGGCCGGUCGUGUUUGUCACCAGAUCCAGUUGAUGCAACAAGUGGAUCCAAUUCAGCCUCCUCACAACCAUCAGGCCGGUCAUGGGGAUCAGCUUUGUCUUUGAUGCUGUUUGGUCCUUUGGCCAUGUCCAAGCGAUCAGACCCAAAGUCACUUGCAAAGCAAGAAGGCACUGAAGGCACCGAGAGGUCGAUUUGGAACAGUUGGUGUUUUCAUGACGCCGAGAAGCUCACCGAAGAAGGGGUUAUGCCGGAUGUGGCAGCGCUCAUGCAUGAAGUACAUACUGCUUCAUGGCAGACCCGGAGUGAAAGCAACGAAUUGCUAGACACUGAUGCUACCUGGCGUUUUCCAGACUUGGUCAUGAGCAUUGGAAUCCUUCGUUCUGCAGAGAAGUUGUGGCUUCCAAUCAUCAGGGAGCAUGUGAAGACAGUAUCUGGGCAGGCAGGCACCAAACCUGAGGAGGUUGUUGUCCUCAAGCGUGCUUUCUUGGUUUGGGCUGAUGCCAGCCACGAAGAAGAGAGUCCUUUGUGGCAGUCUUGGGCCUCAUGGCCGUGGGCAGGGCAGGCAGCAACAUCAGGUUUUUGCCAAAGCUCAAGCGAUGGAGUCACCGUUCUCGUGCCUUUGAUCGAUAUGAAGAACGGACACAGCACGCAGUUUGCAAGUGAUGGGAGCCGUACGAGCCCAGAACGGGGUGCUGAGCUUCAACUCCUCCUUGGCUCGCACAACGGUUCGGAGAGUCUCAAGACCGGGGAGGUUUUCCAGGUCAGUGUGCCGCUGCUGGCUGGGGACGCACUCAUGGUGGACAACCGUUUGAUCCAGGAUGACCAGAAGGGCUUGGAGGUGGCUGAAGCUGCGCUGGUGCAGUUCCGUGAGCAACACUACAAGCGUGGUGAGGCAAUUGCUUUGGACCAGAUUGCCUCAGUGCUGUAUAGCAUGAGAAGGCCCAUGGAGGCGCUGGAGCAUGCUAUCGAGGCAUUGGAUUUGAUCAAAUCCCUCGAGGAUUUACCCUGGGAAGCAAUUAUGCUUCAUUCAGUAGCCGCUCUGCAUUGCACUGUGAAGCAUUUUCCGGAAUCCUUGCAGGCAGCUCAGGAGGCCAUUUGGAUUCUGGAGGACAUCGGUGACCGCAGUGGACAGGCCUAUGUCCGCCUGAACACGGUGUUGCAAGUUCAGAUGCAGCUCCAAGAGUACCAGGAGGCUUUGGCAACUGCAGAACAGGCAGUAGCCAUCUUCAGGGAAAUCAAGGAUCGACGUGGUGAAGCCACUGCCUUACUUUUGGCAGCCAAUGUCUACAAGUCAGUGGGCGAGCUCGUGGAGGCUGAGAAGUGGCUGCUCGAGGCGCAAGAUAUUUUCGAACAACUAGGUGAGAGGCGCUUGCUGGCGCAGGUCUUGCAUAGCAUGGCCAAGGUUCACAUCGCCAAAAACGAGCCUGCUGAGGCUGUUCGGCUUGCUUAUGAAGCUCACGCUCUUUGCAAGAGAGCGCGGGACAAGCCAGCAGAGGCAGGCACCUUGCUUUUCACGGUGGAAGCUCAUCUCUCCCUGAUCGCGCAGUUGGUAGAAGGUGGCAGGAUGCGGGGCAGCCGAGAGCUGGAAGAGCAGCUCUCAAAGGCGGAGAAAGCUGGACUAGCAGCAAAAAAGAUCGCAGACAAGCUGGGCCACAAGCAGACCAUCGCAGACUGCUUCUACGCAUUGUCUGAGAUCAACUUGGUCAGUGGAAAGUACCAAGAGGCGCUUGACGGUGCUGAUGAGGGGAUCAAAAUCUACCAGGAUGUAGGCUAUGAGCUUGGUGAGUGCACCUUCGUGAACAUGAAGGCGCAAGCACUGCUUGUGAGCGGCAAGAGCGAUGAAGCACUCGUCGCUGCCAAGCAAGCUGUGAGCAUGGCAAAGGCCAUGGAUGACAAGCCAUUGGAGCAGUUGGCACAGGAGAUUUUGGACAAAGUGCUUCAAGGUCAGGCUGUUCCAGCAGCUGCGCAGCAACCUACGAUGACAAUGCUGCAGCUGGAAGAAGAGGAAGAGGAGACACCUGUGGCAGCAGCGGCAUCAGAGGUGGUGGAGGAGAAGCCGAAAGGUUUGGAGCCUGCAAUCGUGAGUGAUAUGCUGCACAGCAUGUUGCGAGAAAUGAUGGGUUCUGACAUGGAAUCUGACACGCCCCUCAUGGAUGCCGGAGUUGACAGCUUGAUGAGCAUUGAGUUUCGAAGCCAAGUUAAUUCGGCCUUCUCUGGGCUGGGAUUAUCUUCGACCCUCACGUUCGACUAUCCGACAAUUCGGGAGCUGACCGGGCACAUCGUGGAGAAGAGCAAGAACCAGUAG